CUUCCCCGCCCCUUGUCAGUAAACGCAACCAGGAAAUACAGCAUUUAAAAUGAGACUCUCUCACACACACACUGCUCUGCUGGACUACAUUAUACACUGACUGAAGAGUUUUUUUGGACAACAUGUCAGCCGCUGUUUGCGUCUUUAUCCUGUCAGCAGUGUGCGGACACACAGUGGUGUCAGGAGGCCUCAGCAGACCCACUAAGGUCCGCCUGACCUCUCAGGACAUGAACCUGGUCCUGAGCUGGGACUCGCCUGCAGGACCAGCCGGUCUGCUCUACACAGCGGAGUACAAAUGCUCAGUGAAUUCAUACAGAGCGAGCUGUGUGAAUAUCUCCACCCUUGAAUGUGACUUCACCCGCAUUCCACAAGGCAUAUAUCAGUUUGGAAAGUAUACAGGCAGAGUGCGGGCGCAGUCGGGGACAGAGACCUCCGCCUGGGUGGAAAGUAACAACAUUACCUUGGACAGAGAGACCUUCAUCACUUCACCCAAUGUCUCUCUCCUCUCCAUUGCUGCUGCCAUCGAGGUUAUCAUUGAAGAUCCAGUGUUCAGGAUAUCUUCACUCAGAGCGAUUUACAGCUCAGCUACCUACAACAUCACCUACUGGCAGGACGGCCAGAGGCAAAAGACCAAGAACAUGAGCAACAUCCUGCAGAACCGGGUGGUUCUCAGUGACCUGGAGCCCUGGACCAGGUACUGCGUCCAGGUCCAGAUCAGCACCAGGAGGAGGCCCAACCACCUCAGCCAGCCCAGCACCGCUAUUUGUGAGAGCACCACCAUCGAUGAAGAGGCUCCUUGGGUGGCAGCCGUGGUGACGUUUGUCGUCACGGCGAUGGCAGUGGCUCUGGUGGUGAUUGUGGUGGUGUAUCGGAAACACAUAUCCCGCUUUCUCUGUCCAAAAGACGAACUGCCUCAGCACUUUAAUGAGGACCUGACGAAACGCCAUAACUCGUCCUGGUACAUAGCCAUAGCCGAGGAGAUCUUCCACCAGGUGAGCAUCAUCCCAGACAGCAGUGUCCUGGAGGCAGAGCACCCUCUGGAGGCAGAGCCGCCUCACAACACACAGACAUAGAAGCAGGGGGGGAACCGCAGAGACAAUGAAGAAGAGCUGAUCUGCAGUCAGGUGAGACUGUAACAGAUUAUCAGCAGGGACACUGAGAAACAGUGGAAGCAUGGAUUCUUACCUGACAUCAGAGUUUGAGCACAUUUUCCAGGAGUCUCAUGUGAAACAGUGAAGAGGGGAGAUGGCAGAGCGACAGGAAUGAUAGCUCAUCCUGCUGAUGUUGUUCCUGUGAUGGACAGGUGUAAUGAUGCCCUCAUUUCACCUCAUGCUGAUAGAAGGAGCAUGGCACCCACACAAGUAUUUAUGCUGCCAUGGUCAGGGUCGGGAGGAUUAUUUAAAAAAAAAAAGUAAUUGCUAGUUACCUAUACACGUUUUUUUAAGUAACUUCAUCUGGGUAUUGAAAUAUUAAAAUAAUGUAACCCGAUUGAUGCUUUCCGUUACUCUUGGAUUACCUAAUUGUCAAAUACAGGCUAAUAAAUAAAAGAGAAAAUAAAUAAAUAUAAGAUGUUUUUUACUUAAAGGUGGGGUAGGUAAGUUUGAGAAACCGGCUCGAGAUACACUUUUUGUUAUAUUCCAUGGAAUGCUCUUAACAUCCCGAUAGCAAUGAAUAUCUGAAGUGCUUUGACAACAAAUCCAUAAAAAACAUCAUCUGUGGAAGCCGUAGCGCUGUAAAAAGCACGACAAAUCAUCUGAGCCGGCCCGGCUAAAGUAACCGGAUGGCCUACCUGCCUGUCAGCCUUCCAUCUGUGCACAAACUUAUCUCGUGCCCUCAUUGGUCAUGUGCGCAUUCGAAUGUGUUGGAGGAGGGGCUCUGUAAGGAACUGGCAGAUUUUUCCGGCUGUGUAUUUUCAAAUUCUCGCGCACUCGAGCUGGUUCUUCCAAAAUUACUUACCCCACCUUUAAAACAACAGAACUAUGAAACCUUAGAAAAAAAAUAAACCUACAUAUUUAGUAUGGAAAAUGAAUUAAUUUGAAGGAAAAACUGUCUUUCAUUAAGCAUAUUCAGGCAGUAGCCUAUGCAUCUUAAUCAUAAGAAGUGGUUUUAUUUACAGAGGGUCUAACAGACAUGUUGUAUCAGGAGCAUCAUUCCACUGACAAGCCAACAAAGCAAACACCACUCGCUGCACAUCAUUCCAUUACAAUGAUCUGUUCAUCCCCAAGCCUUGCCAUGGUGCUAUAAGAACCAACAUUUACCAUGUGAUGUAAAACACUGCAUAAUCUGCCGUUCAAUAGGCAUCACAUUUUGUGAAGCAUUCAUAGUUUUAAUAUCCCUUAUUGUGGUAAUAGGACAUUUUCCUAAUUGUAUUUUUAUGGUGAACAUUGAAAACUAAACUAAAUGUAUUUGUCUCUCACAGUUAGCUAAAUGUUUAAACUUUAUUGUUGUACUCAGUUCCACUUGAAUAAAGUAUUUUUGUACUUGU